AUUGCGGGAAUCUUAAGGCCCUCACUAAGGAGGUAGAGCGUUAGUGAAUCCAUCAAGCUCAUCACCGAUAAUUAUUUGUGUAUCUUGUUGUUCAUGCGUUAAGUUCAAUGAUUGGAUUUUGCAAACCUUACUUUUAUUGUCCCUCUUUGAUAACAGACCUUCUAGUCAUCUCUCUUGCGACCUCUAAGAAAUCGUGGGACGAUCCAGUGAGCCGCCUACGGGGACAUCG